AUGUCGACCAAGAUUGUCGCUCGCACGAUCACACAGGACCGAAUGCUCAAAUCGGCCGAGUAUUUCAUGGCUGCGUUCUUUGGCCUCGACUGGACACGGAAUGCCAGCUUGGUGCCGACCAUCGAGCAGCUGUAUUACAACAUUACCCUCGACGGGUAUGAGAAUUGCAACAACAGCAAUAACUUUCUGUCGACUGGUGGCAACAAUUCAUCUUUGGAGUGGGAGAACAUCUACCUUGACAUCUCCCACGGCACCAACACCAUGUCGAUUAUGACAGCAUUUGGCCUGAGGAAGCUCAGAUUUCUAGAUCAUAUGCGCCGUACCAUUUGUGGUGAGGUGGUGAAUCAUGCUGCCGAAGCUCGCGACCGAAGAGGUUCCAGUCGGGUAGUGGGGCCCAUCGCGGUGCAGCACAUGGACAAUCGAAAUGUUCGCUCCUGGAGGAAGGGGAUACUCGUUGGAGCCGAAGCCCACUGA